UUUUUUUGUUGUCGUUUUUUAUUUUCGUGUUAUGUCUCUCUCUCUCGUCCCCUCUCCCUAAUGUCGUUGCGACUCUCUGCAGACAUGUUAUCAUCAUUAUUUAUUUUGAGAGGGAUGCAUGGAACUUAGUUCUAGACAGUUGUUGUUUUUUUAAAUCAGUUCCAUUAGCAUCGCGAUCGAUAGGAGCUCGGGUUUUGGUCUGUUUUAUAUAACAAGUCCAAGUGCUUGAUUGGGUUGUCUGCAUCAAUAAAGUGACUUUUUGACUGGUGCCAGCCACGCGAAUGUUCCAGAUUAGAUUCAUUAUUUAUCUCCCCCUCAUGGAAGGAAAAAAAAAGCCAACGGAAAACCUCCCCUCCUUCCUGCUGUAGUCGAACUUGCUGAAAGAUGUCUACUAAUUGAUUUUGAGAAAAUUCGAGUUAAAGAUAAGAAGGGCAAAAGUUUUCAUCUGGAUUGACGUCAACCGCACUCAUCUUUCAAUCUCUCUUAGUCUCUUUGCGAACUUUAAUAAAAAGCUCCUAUGUCUGCGUCAUAUUCGAUUGAACACACAGUUGCAGAGGUUCAGAACGUUCACCUCGGGAGCCCCCGUAACCGCCUCCCUGCCGCGUUCUAUUCAAUUUCCUCGUUUCCCUCCCUUUUAUAUAUUGUGGCUGGGCUAUGGCAUUCGAGUCGAGUUCAGCCCAGAAGCUACUACCAGCCAACUCUGCCUUCCGGUGGAGGAAGGAGAGUGUAAGUAAAAGUACAAAGGAGCUAAGAAUAACAAAGAAGGCUGACUGCAAAGAGAGAGAGAGAGAGAGAGUCGUGAGCUAUUCCCCUGACGUCCUUGUGUGUUGAGGCCGAAAGAUGUCACCAAACUUGUUGUAUGUCGAGAAAAUGUCACGUUAUUGCACUCGAGUCACUUUUUUUUUGUGUUGUUGCAUUGUGUUUAUUCUGGAUACUAAUUCAGAUUAUCUUUGAAGGGCCGACGAAUUCGAUCGAGUUUGAUUGCGUUAUCGGUCCAACACCGAAAACUAGGUCUCAUCUGCAGGGCGAUCAAUAAACUGAUGGCGAGGGUGUGACGAUCCGAAUCUAUAUAAUAUUAUAUAGAUGAAAUAAAAAGUUGAUGGAGCGUGUUCCCUCCGUGAUGAAGCUACGUUAUUUUUUUGGUUGAACGGGGUGAUAGAGAUCAUCUAGCUCAGUGCUGUGACUCAUCGUUAGUCAGCAGUCCUCCCUUCUUUUCUUUUUUUAUCCGGAAGAAUAGAGGAAUCUUUUGAUGGCCCGUCUGUAGGGGAGAAAAUUGUCCAUCUAUUGGGUGCUGUCACACGGGGCGAAAGAACUAGGUCCGUUCUUCCUUUUGGUUCUUUUCUGAAAGGGAAGAAAAUAAAAAAGAAGCAGGAGGAAAACAUCGGAACCAUAGUGACGGUUUAGGUGGAAUCAAAGAAAAUCCCUCGCCUUGUUUGCUGCUGUGUGAUCCAAUCGGGCGAAUCGAGCGAAACCCACUGAGCACAUUUACUCUGCAUCCAGCUUCGGUUCCGUAGAAAGGGUCCGAUGGAGAGGGGGGAAGUAGAAAGGUACGGAGUGACACGGCUCACAGCUCUCGUCGGAGAAACAUAAGAACCUUUUGCCGCCCCGUGAGACGCCCACCCCCGCCACCGAGCCUCUUCCGGCUCCCCCCUCCCUUUCCCAAACUAACGGGAAUGAGGGGGAGGGAUUUAUUGACAGCAAGCCAGGAGAGUCCCUCCAUUAGCUACUGUCCACCAAAGGAUCUCUGUAUGUGUUUCAGAUAUUACUGGUGAGACUAGGAGGGGGUUUGUCACUCAACCAGGCCAGACGGCUAAGUUACCGUGAAGACUCUAAUCCGCUGGAAGAGAAAACCAACACCACGUAUACUCGGUAUUUGGGGCUACUCCCGAAUUGGUCUUUGCCCAGUAGAUAAUACCCUAAGAUAGCUCCUUGUAACGUGAAAUAUAUCAGGAAGGAAAAGAUCGAAUUCCUCCCGAGUCACCACCACAACAUUGCGAUAUAAAAUGCACCGAACACAAAAAUAGGCCCCAAAAGUGCGCACCGACUUCAAAGUGAGUUUUUGAUGGGUCGGGACCAUUAUCGUAACUGCAUUUCACGAGCCAUGUUGAAAAAGUGCCCAAGGCCACGACAUGAUUGGAUCUUGUUAGUUCAGGAAUGAAAAAAUGGUUUAAACUGUUGCCCCAUUUUCCUAUUUUUAAAAGUAUAUUUAUUUUUGUUCUUAUCUUUUUUUUUAACAAUGCUGGGAUCGGCAUAUUUGAGCCAACGAUGUGCAGCCGCGUGAAAAAAUAUCUUUCCUCCGUGAUUUGUUUCAAAAUUUUUCCCGUGAUCCUUGGCUCCAUUCAGGCAUUGCUCAUUCAGGAGAGCCUCCGACGGUUCUUGGGGGAAGUCCCGAAGCCGAAAAAGUCGAUACUUACUUAAUCGAUGGAAUAAUUUGGUAUGGAUGCUAGUAGUAGUAGUGCCUAGGGGUGGAUCGAUUAGCAACCAAGCCGGCCCCCCUAUAGGAGCCUAUAGUACUAUACACUAUGUGUGUGUGAGCCUGAUCAACAACAUCAUUUUUUGUAUUAAGUUUUUCGGGUAUCUAUCGUCUUUGAUUACCUUUCUUAUUCCUGGAUGGUAGAGAGACGAGAGGCUAAUCGGAUUGUGUCAUGGCCGUCUCUGCAUUUUCUGUCGCAUCUUCUUUUCUCCCCUUUUUUUUCUUGUUUGAGCCUUUCUCUCUACUGAAAGGUUUCUCGUACAUAAAUAAGAAGGAGAGAUAGAGCCUCUGACUAACGUCGUUUUGGCCUGGCAACGAGGGAGAUCUGCCAAACUGUUCUGGCAUCCGGCAACUCUAUAGGAAGAAGAAGAAGAGAAAAAACGAGAGAGAAUAGGCAAGACUGCGGAAUCGUCAUAAAUAAAUAAGUAAACGCAUGAAGUAUUCUGAUGGAAGCUAGUGAAGACACAGACAUUGCUUCCAGCUCCCUUUGUGUGUCUGCGUUGGGUUUAGUUCGACAUGAAUUUCCGGAGUGAUGGAUACCGGAAGCUUGAGACAGAGAUUGGUCUUGAGCUCUCAACCGCUUCCCCCCUCGACACAACUUUGAUUCAAUAGAGAUAAUGUUAUUCACAGAUGAAUCGUGUUGAUCAUCGUCUUCUGAUCAAAUGAUAUUUGGUUAUUGUUUGAACCUUUUUUUUAAAUGUUUUACCAUCUGUUACCAACUGGCGAGUGUUUAUUUGAAAUUGCCGGAGAGGUAUUUGGCAACGAUUGCCGACCGAGCAUUUUGUUUCUCUUAAUUGAAUUGAUCCAGCUGCACAGGGUGCGCGUGUUCAUCGCAAGUUCCUCCCCUAUUUGACUUUGCUUUUAUGUCAGAGAAAUCGAAAGGGGGAAAAAAAAACUCUUCGAAAUUUUCCAAAGUCUCUAAUGAGUCUCUUUAGUCGGUCGUAAAAUGAAAACAACAGCAACAAGAACAACUUGUGACGAGAGAAAUCAGCUCUGGUGCACACUCGUUUGACACUCGUGUUGUCCAUAAAAUUCGUGGCUUUGUUGUUUUCUUAUUCACUUCUUUUUUAUGGUUUUUUUGAGGCGUAAGUGUGUGUGUGUGUGUGUGUGCGUGUGCGUGGGGGUAGAAAGGUACGUAGGUUGCGUGCAAGCGUUAGCUCCUUGGUUACCUGUGACGCGACACGCACCUAGAACCCAAAUGUGAAACUGCACAGUUAAUGCGAUGAUGAAUGGACACCUGGCAUUGACUCUUCCAAAGAUUUAUAUGGUGGCUUACUCUCGAAAAGUUUUCAUCGUGUGUAUAAGGAGCCAGUGGGGCGGCCUCCUUUCUUGCGAUUCAAAAACAAGUUGACAAGGGCACAGCCAUUGAUGAAUGUGGUCACGAAAUGAUUGAACAAAUUCGAUGUUGAUUAUGUUUGUUCAACAGUUUCAUCUAUUCCAGGCCUGGUGCUGUCUGGUCUGCGUGUGUCUGUUUGCCUAUUGGAGUGUGUGUGUGUGUGUGUGUGGAUCUGUGCGUCACGUGAGUUGAAGGGUGGGGGUCUGCGCAGCGCAGCGCAUGGCUGUCAGCAAGGGUCAAAACUGGGGUUUGCUGGCCUGAUCCAGUCAGUAGGAAACUCGACUUGGGCCGCUACAGCAGUGACAAAACAAGUUGGUGUCUAUUUAAACCAAACCACUUCACAACAGUUUGCCUUUCUCCUAUCUUGUCCCGUAUACAGCACAAGUGACCGACCGACCAGUGGGUGGUCUUUUCUCUUAUUUUCAAGGGGUUGUUGAGUUUGGGUUUUUUCCUGCUUCUUCUUCUUCUGGUGACUGGAUACCCCAAGAAGAAUCUCAAGUGCUUGCUAGUUGAAGGCUUAACGGAUUUGUUCUUAUAUUGGAUUGGAUACGUGAAGCCUACACGAUUUGCCUGUGAAUGAAGGCCGUGGUGCAAUGACAGCUUCACAGUUUGAAUUGAAAGAGUGAAUUGAAUUGAUCCCCAACGACAACUCAUCGAUUGAUCAAGCCAACAGAAAUAAAAAGAACAAACAAACAUGGAUAUCGAUACAAUGGAAUCCAUAGAGGAUAUUUUGAUGAAGUUGGCGGAAAUGGAGGCGCGCGUCGUCGGAGCGGAAACCCGGGCCGAGAUUGCUGAAGAAAAGUUGAGAAUCAUGGAACAACAACUGGCCGAUUCAUCGUGGAACCCGUUGUCGGAGAGCACAGCAGUAUCACCAGGAGUUCAUCCGGCGUCAGUCAAAGAAAGAGACGUCAUUAACCGGCUCGAAGAUCAAGUGGAUGAACAGCGCAAGAUGAGGCUAAAUGACGCAAAACAAGUCGAAGCCAAAGCUGCCAAGAUCAAGGAAUGGGUCACCAACAAACUGAAAGACCUCGAGGAACAGAAUCAACAUCUACGUGAACAAAAUCAAAAAUGUAACGAACAGUUGGAAUUGCUGCGCAGCCGUCUGCGACAGUUGUCGCAGAACAAUUCGUCUAAUUCCAAGAAUCAUCGGGCCAGCACAGAGGAUUCUUCGCGCGGAAGUUUGGAGGAUCAACCGGGUAGCGAUGACAGCUUAUGUCGCGUUGGCGGAGGCAAUACGUCAGAAGGAGGGAAAGGACGCGGAAGUGGUGGUGUCAUUUCGCCGUCUGAUGCAACCUCACAGCUAGAUGCAUUGUACGCGGAAGUAGAUUUGUCGAAGAAACGUCAGCAGAGAUGCGCGUCAGGAAGCUUGACGAACUCUAUGACUUCGUCGUAUGGUGGUGGUGGUGGCUUGGGUCUCUCGGGCCCAGUCAAUUCGCUGAUGCAGCAGAGGUUUCCGGACGUGAAUCGACUCUCUCUCUCCGGCCUGACGCGAACAGUUCGCGAUUCGCGAGUUGAUUCAGGAUCGGUUGACAUGGAGACACCGCUUAGUCUCAGCCCCAAGAGUCCGGUUGCCGGCGGCCUCAACGACGAUCACGGAUGCAGUCACAGCAGCGGAUCGAUUGGCACGAAGCCAAUUCCUCCUCCUCGGACAAGAAUUCCGCGAAAGGACAGUGAUAAUAGCGUCAACGAGGGCAAUGUCAGUGACCACAGCGGCAGUGGAGGAGUUGCCCUGACGACCAAGGGCAACUGCCCUAGUGCAGGCACCUUGUCCGGAUUGUCGGACGCUGAGACGUACGAGAAUGGUGCUACAACAGCCCUGGGAGAACUAGGGCAAGCCAUCGACCAGGCUAUUGCUUCUAUGACAGCUGCUGCCGCCGAGCACUCGGACUACGACGUCCCAAAGCCUCCGCGAAGUCUCAAGGUCCGUACUAAGCUUAUAUCCAGCGAAGUGCACGACUACGCCGAGAUUUACACGCCCAGCAAAGAGCGGGUACCUUGGAACGGCUCAGCGGCUAUCCCCAUGUCGACGGCACGCCAUUCGAUUUCUCACCCGGGCAGUUUGGUGGGCAGUGUGGGCGAUGAUUACCACGACGACAGCAAACCACCCACACCACCUUUACAUAGGUUUCCCUCGUGGGAAUCGCGGAUUUACCAGGCAGCUGCCGAAGGAUUUAGCGUGACCGAACAACCGCCUUCGCUUCCACUUCAACUCCAUCAAAUUCAUCCUAACCAUAACGUUCAGCCUCAUCAGCAACAAUUACAACCACGGACACACACUCACCGAUUAUCGGCUACUGGCAGUGUUGGCUACCACGACAUCAGCAUCCCUGUCUAUGCCACUGUCAAAGGCCGAGCCAGCCAAAUACGAUCAGUGCCGUUCAGUGGAGACUCGUCAGAUUCUUCGGACGGCGAGGAACACGCGGAUGCUCGAGAUAACUGCAACGAAUCUGCCAUUUCUGAUGACUAUGCUCUUCCACCCGACGACAAUGGGCCGGGAAGCGAAGCGGAUGCGGCAUUGGUAGCACAGUCAGUUGCCAUGUUGCGAAUCUCGACACUCGAGCGGAAUAACGACGAGUUGGAGAAAAGCGGUUACUUGACCAAACUCAGCGGUAAACUCAAAACCUGGCGGAAGCGCUGGUUCGCUCUGAAAAACGGAACACUUUCGUACUGGAAAUCCCAGAGCGAUGUUGGCAGAAAGCCUCAGGGUCAAAUUUCGCUGGACGAUAGCUGUCGUGUAUGGCGAGCGGAUGGGGCUGCCACGUUUGAGAUCUCCACUUCAAAGAAGACGCAUUAUUUAACGGCCGACUCGAGCGGCACCGUAGACGAGUGGGUGCGCAUCCUGCAGAACGUGGUUCGCCGUAACACGACCCGAAUCCUUUUAGGUCGCGAGGACCAGAAACCGACGCUAGAAGGAUGGAUAGUCAAAGUGAAGCACGGCCAUUCGAAACGCUGCUGGUGUAUGCUGGUUGGUAAAACCUUCCUCUACUUCAAAGCGCCAACGGAUCAGGUUCCACAAGGUCAGAUCAGCAUGCGAGACGCCCGCGUCGAAGAGCUUGAGCAUGUUUCAGAUUCCGACAGCGAAGAAGCCGAGUGCAACUCGAUGGCUACUGCGAGAUCGGCCAAUUUGACGGUGGGCAUCUUUCCGCCUCAUGAAGACCCUACGUAUCUACUACUGGCUAAUAAACAAGAAAAAGACGCUUGGCUCUACCAAUUGACGAUCGUUUCGGGGGGUGGAGCCCACAGCGGAACGCAGUACGAGCAAAUGAUUCAGAAGCUGAUGGAAACGGAUGGAGAUCCAAAUUGCAAUUUGUGGCGGAAUCCUUUACUGAUUCACUCAAAAGACAGCAUCACGUCUCCUCUGACGACUCUGCCAUCAGAGAGUUUACAUAACGAAGCCAUCAAAUUGUUCAAAGCUAUUCAACUGUUCACAUCGGCGUUACUGGACUCGGCAGGCAUCGAUUAUCAUGUCGUGCUGGCUCAAAAUGCGCUCCAUCAAUGUCUGGGUUUGAUUGAGUUGCAACCCGAGUUGAUUUGCGCGCUGAUUAAGCAGACGUCGCGUGUCCAGCCGCAGAGUCAGCAGCCUGCGGUCGGCGUUACCGGCGUCGGCAGCAAGUGGGGCGGUGGGCAGGUAAAUCGCUCGGCGCUGCACAAAAUCUCGAAACCCGCCAAACAAUCCACUCAUAAAUUGUCCACAAUUUCUUCAUUACCGCCAUCUUCGGGAUCCGGAUCACAUAAUCUUCAUCACUCUGGCUCAAUUUCGAGCGGUUCCGCUUCGUCCACCGAUAGCAAAUCCGUUAGCGCAUCGUUCACCUUCGUUCAAGGCUGGCAGUUGCUGGCAUUAACUGUUUCUCUCUUCGCUCCUCGCAACAACAAGCUACUGUGGUAUCUUCGGUUACAUUUGAAACGCAAUGCUGACACGAAGACCGAGAUGGGAAAAUAUGCCUCAUACUGUCAACGUGCCCUGGAACGAACUCUUCAAAUGGGUCCACGAGAAGCCAAACCGUCGAGGAUGGAAGUUCUCUCCAUCCUGCUCAAAAACCCCUAUCAUCAUUCACUGCCACACGCUAUCCCUGUUCACUUCCUCAACGGAACCUACCAGGUGGUUGGCUUCGACGGCUCCACAACGGUCGAAGAGUUUUUAGUGACGCUCAAUCGCGAAAUUGGUUGCCGGGACGUGAGUCAGUCUGGUUUCGCACUGUUUAGCGAUGACCCAAUAGAAAAAGAUGAGGAACAUUGGUUGGAACCCAAAACUAAGCUAUGCGACAUUAUAUCCAAGUGGGAAACGGCGCUGCGAGAGAAGGGUUUGGGAAAAUUCCAAAACACCAAAGUCAUUCGACUCACGUAUCGUCACCGCCUCUUUUGGCGCAGCAAUAUCAAAGGCGAAACGGAGCGGGAACGACUGUUGUAUUGCUACCAGACAGCCCAGAGAAUAUCCGACAAUAGAUUCCCUCUGACGAAAGAGUUGGCUAUCGAACUGGCGGCCAUUAUGUCACAGAUCGACGGCGGUGAUUACAACUCUGAACGGGGGCGAGGAAGCGGUGGAAGUUCCGGUCAUUUGCAUCAAGGAGCAAUGCAGGCUUUAGAGCGCUUUAUUCCAAGACGCUACAAGGACGGAAUUUCGCAAGAAGAGUUAAAGGAAAUGGCAGACGCUAUAACGGAUAAGUGGACAGCGUUGAAAGGGCGAAGCAUUGCCGAUUGUGUACGAAUUUAUUUGACGUGCACGCGUAAAUGGCCUUUCUUUGGUGCAGCUCUCUUCCAUGCCAAGGUUAACGCUGGAGGAGGAAAUUCAGAUCUGGAAGGAGCAUCUGUUUGGCUAGCUGUUAACGAAGAGACGAUUACACUUCUUGACGUGACAUCGAUGCAAUCGGUGGCCCGUGUGCCUUAUUCGGCCGUGGUCACCUUCGGAGGCUGUCAGGAUGAUCUCAUGGUUGUUGUCAACAACUGCGAUAUACAAGGGCCUGGAACGCAAAAGAUGCUUUUUUCUCUUCCCAAACCCAAGAUAUUGGAAUUGACGUUGCUAAUAGCUGACUACAUGAACGCUCUUGGUUGCGUUUUACCCAACACGCCGAACGCGUCGUUGUCUCGACUUGAAUCUCGCCGAUCCGGACGCAGUAAAACCAAAGAACGUGAUAGUGAUCGAAGUGGUUCCAUGAGUCAUCGGAUACAGGCCAGCGCCGAACCGGAUAUUCUUCGCGCUACUCCAGAAAUGGAAAGCAAGAUGCAACAUCACCAUCAUCACCAGCACCAUUAUCAUGAAGAUACUGGCAACAAGCGUCGUAUUACUGCCGACAGCUGACAACUGACUAAUGAGUCAUGUUGUCACCUGUUUGACUGUGCCGAGCUUGUUAGCUGAUAUACGGCCAUGUAUGGUGCGAAAGAAGAGGAGGACUAAACAAAAAUGGUUUCCCUCGUGUGCCUUUGUUAGAGGAGCAGUAUGGUGAGAGCAGAAGCGAGAAAAGAUAAGUCUUCCACAACCUCUUUUUUCGGGAGAUUCUGCACCUAAAACACAAUAUUCAUCCGCUUCUUUCCCGUUGCCAUUCUCGUCCCGCUGCUUAUCUAGAAUUCAAGCCUUGUGAACGUAAAGGACUCGUUGCUGACCGUUACAUGUUCAAUUAAGUACGAGUACGGUAUUAUUUGUGUCCCUUUUUAAAUUUUGUGGCAAAAAAAACAAAACAAAACAAACAAACAUAAAAAAAAAAAAAUAAGAGCAGCCAAAACGAAUUGUCCGGCAAAUGGUACUUCAUCUCGUGUGUUUGUGUGUGUGUAUCUUCUAGUCCGCUACUUUAUAUCCGACAGGUCCUCAUCCAUAUAUAACAUUUAAAGAACUCGAGCUGUGUGCGUGCGUGUUCGUAUGUGUGCGUAUUUUAUUUUCCUCAAAGGCAAUAAAUAUCCUACGUUAACUCUAA